AUGAGUUCAUAUUGGGUCUGGAGAGAAGUGGGGGUACAAUGCGUCAACUUUCCUUGGGAAUCUAUUCAACUCACUGAAGCUGAUGUCGGCAACUUCUCAGACAUAGCCUUCGGUGACAGAACCAAGUUGAAUGCCUCUUCACCUGCGACAACGUCAGCUUGCAAAGCAUUUCCAGGUUCUUUUGACUGGCCUAUUGAUGAUGAAUGGAAUCAGUUGAACAGUUCUCUGGGAGGCGCCUUACUGAAGCCUUCACCACCAGCCGCAGUCUGCUAUUCUGGUCCUCAGUACGAUCUGAAUCAAUGCAACUACAUCCUCCAGAAUGCCAGCUCGAGUCGGUUCUAUCUUGAUGAUCCUCUGACUGUACUUACCUCCUGGCCAGAAGGAGACACUUGUUAUCCGACUCUUUCUCCUACACAGAAUUGUACUCAGGGUGGAUUUCCCGUCUACGUUGUCAACGCUACAAACGUCAAGCAGAUACAAAUUGCUGUGAACUUUGCGAGGAACCGCAAUAUCCGACUUGUCAUCAAGAAUACGGGCCAUGAUUUCAAUGGACGCUCGACUGGCGCUGGAUCUCUGAGUAUCUGGACACAUUAUUUGAAGAGCUUUGAAUUCUUGCCCGAAUAUACAGAGAAGAAUUACAGCAAUAUUGCUGCGCGAGUCAGCGCUGGGUUGGAGGCAUGGGAGAUGUAUCAAUAUAUGGACAAAUACAACAUGACUCUCGUUUCUCCGGGAGGCUUCACUGUAGGACCUCACGGUGGAUGGAUGGCAGGAGGUGGACAUUCAACGAUAGGUUCAAUCUACGGCCUUGGCAGUGAUCAACCGUUGUCAUUGAAUGUCGUCACAGCAGAUGGGAAGUUUGUCACAGCAGAUAUGGACACGAAUCCGGAUUUGUACUAUGCUUUGCGAGGAGGUGGACCAGGCACUUAUGGUAUCGUUACCUCUGCCAUUGUUAAAGCAUAUCCUCCUAUUCAUGUCAGCGAGACUACGCUCGCGUUCAAUGGUGGUCCUGUUCCUAUUUUCAACGUUUCGGCCUUUGGGAACUUUACUCUGCCAAUUAAUUUCACAUUCCCAUUGAACUUUACUUUACCGCCACCACCAGCCUCGACGCUGAAUACCUCUGCUUUUUGGGAAGCAGUCAAUUUGUACCACGCCUAUGGGAAACCCAUUGUCGACGUUGGAGGUACGGCUUACAGUUACAUCACCAAAACUGGGAAUGGCAGUUUCAGUUUCACAACCAACAUCGAAAUGGCGGGCAUGAAUGCUUCGGAAGCGUUCACUUUCCUCACCCCUUUGUAUACCGCGAUCCAAGCACUCGGAAUUCCAGUCAAUCAAACCCUCCCAGUAACAUCUCUCUCGUGGGGAUCUACUCGUCAAGGUGAAGGUGACGCCCCAGGUGACCAACGCUUUGCGUCGCGGUUGUUUCCAUACUCAAAUUGGGAGGAUGAAACUUUGUUCAACAACACCAUGGUCGCAAUUCGUGAAGUUGUCGAACAGGGCUACACUUUCCAUGGAGUAAACAUCAAGCCCGACGAGAAAGCUGCUGGAUAUCCAGGGAAUGCCGCUGUCAAUCCUGCAUUUCGUCGCACUAUUAUGCAUGCCGACAUCUUCGACAAUACAUUGAUACGAGGAGCGACUCGGGAAGUAGUGGAAGCAACGCAUGUUAAAUUGAAUAAUGCGAUGGAUCUGAUCAGAGCAGCGACGCCGAACGGAGGAUCUUAUGUCAACGAAGCAGAUGUACAAGAACCGAAUUGGCAGCAAAGUUUCUUUGGAGAUAAUUACAAUAAGUUACUGAAGAUUAAGAGGGAGAGGGAUCCGUGGGGAUUGUUCUAUGCUCCGACAACGGUGGGGAGCGAGGUUUGGGAGGUUAGGACGGCCGAUGGAUUGCCGACUCAGAACGGAAAACUGUGUAAAGUUAAACAAGUACGUUUGGAGAGUAUAUAA